AUGGCAAAGAAAUAUCUUGGAGAAUCUGGUGAUAAGCUCACCGUAUGGAUAUCCAUAGCUGCCUCCACUGUCCUCAUAUUCUACGGCUACGACCAGGGGGUAUUCGGCAAUGUCCUAAUUGGGGAGGACUUCUUGCGAACAAUGGGCCACCCAUCCACAAAUUUACAAGGAAGUAUGACAUCUGUUUAUAAUAUUGGGUGUUUCAUUGGCGCCAUGUCAACUGUAUGGACUGGGGACUAUUUUGGUAGACCCCGUCAGAUCGUGGUUGGUAGCACCAUCAUUGCUAUCGGCGGCAUCAUCCAAGCUUCUGCCUACGGCGUGGCUCAGAUGAUGGUAGGAAGAGUAGUUGCUGGCCUAGGCACUGGAAUGAACACCUCGACAGCUGGAGUAUGGCAAUCCGAAACAAGCAAAAUGAAUAGUAGAGGGAAGCUUGUAAUCAUUCAGAUGGCAAACUGUAUCAUGGGGUUCUCUAUUUCAAACUGGUUAACUUUGGGGCUCUCUUUUGCCAAAGGGAGCGUCGCGUGGAGAUUUCCCUUAGCAUUUCAGGCGUUUUUCACUCUCUGCAUAUACGCCACGUGCCCAUUCCUACCAGACUCUCCCCGGCUACUAAUCCGCAAGGGUGAAUAUAGCAAAGCACUGGAAGUACUCGCUGCGUUGGAAGGUAACGGAGCAACAUCCAGCUCUCACUCUGUCAAAACUCAAUUCAAUGUCAUCAAAGAUGUACUAGAUCGGGAGAAUCUGAACUCUUAUACAUGGAGUAAACUGGUUAUAGGGAAAGGGCCGUCUGGUGUCCUUAGGCGGAUGAUACUAGGAGCAUGGAUGCAAGCUAUGAAUCAAAUAUCUGGUAUCAAUGUCACCUCUUAUUACAUGUCUUACGUCUUCAUUCAUGCCCUCAGUCUUUCACCGCUUCUUUCUCGCAUACUAGCAGCAGCGGGGAGCGUUGAUUAUCUUAUUUUCUCCUGCCUCGCCUACUUCCUGAUUGAGCGUUAUGGCCGCCGGAAGGUGAUGAUGGCUUCUUCUCUAGCCUGCUCGCUAUGUUUCAUAGCAAUCACCAUCUCCCUAUCUCUGUCAGAAAAUGGCCGCGGAGAUAAUUACAAGCUUGGAAUAGUGGCUGUGGCUUUCUUCUUUGCUUUCUUUGCAAGCUUCGGCUUGGGAGUACUUGGUGUCCCAUGGCUAUACCCAACGGAAAUAAACGCCUUGGAAAUGAGGACUAAAGGAGCAUCAUUGGCCAUGGCAACGAACUGGAUUAUGAAUUAUAUGGUCGUACAGAUAACCCUUCCCGGCAUUGAAAAUCUAGGCUGGAGAUUCUGGAUUAUAUGGGCGGUGAUAUGCUUUUCGUUCAUUCCGACGACGUAUCUUUUUUAUCCAGAGACGGCAAAUCGAACGUUGGAAGAUAUUGAUCGGUAUUUCGAGGUUAAUAGGGGUAUAAUUGUUGCAUUUGAUAAGACUGCUACCCAGCUCAAUCGUCCUGAAGAAUAUAUACAUAUGGACGAAGUGAUUUCACAAAGAGAAAUGACAGAGAAGUCAAGUGCCUCAGCUAGCAUGGCGAAUAAACAAUCUGAAGCGCAGAUUGAUCCAGUAUAA